UGAUAAUUAUGUUGAUAUGCUAGCUAGCAACUGGAGUUUAUUUUUUGCAUUUUAGGUUUCAUUAAAUCUUCUGUCUUUUCUGUCUCGGUGUUGUGUCUAGCGAAAAUAGAAAACGCUCUGCAUGAAGGGCUGAUGGAAAACGCAAGAGAUUUGGCUGAGCGACCGUCUCGUUCGGAGCGGAGGAGGCGGGACUCGUUUGGGAUGUUCGAUGGCUACGACAGCUGCAGCGACGAGUCCAGCAGCAGCAGCAGCUCCGAGGAGAGCGAUGAGGAGGUGGGGCCUUCGCUCCCCGCCGGCCUGCCCAUCAUCAAGACCAACGGCCAGGUCUACACCUACCCAGACGGCAAAGCUGGCAUGGCCACGUGUGAGAUGUGUGGGAUGGUUGGUGUCAGGGACGCCUUCUACUCCAAAACCAAGCGCUUCUGCAGCGUGUCGUGUUCCAGGAGCUACUCGUCCAACUCGAAGAAAGCCAGCAUACUGGCUCGUCUCCAGGGGAAACCGCCCACAAAAAAGGCCAAGGUGCUCCAGAAGCAGCCUCUCAUGGCUAAACUAGCAGCCUACGCCCAGUACCAAGCUAACCAGCAGAACCAGGUGAAGACUAAGACAGUGGUUCCUGUGGAGGCCUUCGACUGGGGGCGCUACAUCGGCAGCGGGGAGAUGGCCGGGGCUCCUGUCAGCUGUUUCAAACACGUGCCCAUGGGGACGUCGUGGGGUGAUAUCUGUGAAGGCGUGAGGGUGGAGGUGCCAAACACAGACAGCGGCCUGCCCAUGAAGGUCUACUGGAUCGCGGGCAUCAUCAAACUAGCAGGCUUCAAGGCUCUGCUGCGGUACGAGGGCUUCGACAGCGACUCCAGCCGGGACUUCUGGUGUAACCUGUGUGUCCCGGACAUCCACCCUGUGGGCUGGUGUGCUGCGGGAGGGAAGCCCCUCGUUCCACCCACAUCCGUGCAGCACAAGUGCACCAACUGGAAAUCCUUCCUGGUAAAACGUCUCACAGGGUCGAAGACCCUGCCUCCUGAUUUCUCCACUAAGGUUCAGGAGAGCAUGCAGUUCCCCUUCCAGAAGCUGAUGCGCGUGGAGGUGGUGGACAAAGCCCACCUGUGCCGGACGCGCGUGGCCCUGGUGGAGCAGGUGAUCGGCGGACGCCUCAAGCUGGUCUACGAGGAGUGCUCCGACGGCACCGACGACUUCUGGUGCCACAUGUACAGCCCGCUCAUCCACAGCAUCGGCUGGUCACGCAGCAUCGGCCACCGCUUCAAACGAUCCGAUGUGUCGAAGAAGCUUGAAGGUCAAGUGGACGCUCCUGGGCGGCUCUUCGCUAAGGUGAAGGACGUGGACCAGAGUGGGGACUGGUUUAAAGACGGGAUGAAGCUAGAAGCCAUCGACCCGCUCAACCUGUCGGCCAUCUGCGUGGCCACCGUCAGGAAGGUCCUGGCGGAUGGAUACCUCAUGAUCGGCAUUGACGGUUCGGAGGCGGCGGAUGGAUCUGACUGUUUCUGCUAUCACUCUACCUCUCCCUCGAUCUUCCCUGCCGGGUUCUGCGAAAUCAACAUCAUCGAGCUCACCCCACCUCGAGGAUACACAAACCUCCCAUUCAGAUGGUUUGACUACCUCAGGGACACAGGCUCUGCGGCAGCACCAGUUCACCUCUUUAACAAGGAGGUUCCCAACCACGGCUUCCGCGUGGGCAUGAAGCUGGAGGCCGUCGACCUGAUGGAGCCCCGCCUGGUGUGCGUCGCCACGGUGACGCGCAUCGUCCACCGCCUGCUGCGGAUCCACUUUGACGGCUGGGAGGACGAGUACGACCAGUGGGUGGACUGCGAGUCACCUGACCUCUACCCUGUGGGCUGGUGUCAGCUGACCGGGUACCAGCUGCAGCCCCCCGCCGUGCAGGCCUCCAGGGAGCUGCCUGCCAGUGUGGCCAAGCAGAGGAAGAAAUCUCAGCAGUACAAAGGCCAGAAGAGAAAGCGCAAGCUUCCUAUCUGCAAGAGACCAGUCAGUCUCUCCGGUGUGGUGCUGACAGGGGGCCCCCCCAGGAACCUGUCAGGGGAUGAGAACAUGACCCCGCCCGAUUACCCGUCCCCCCCCACGCCUGCAUCCGCCGCGGGGACGGGGACAGCCCCGCCCGCCUCGGCAGGGCCGGCCCGCAGCCCUGAUGGAGCUCACGGGGCGGAGUUGCAGAUGAAGGAGGAGCCAGUCGAGGGGGACGACUUUGCCUGCCCGCAGGUGGGCGUGUCCGACCUGGAGACCAACGGCUCUGGAAGUUUCUACCUGAAGCAGGAACCCUGAGGGAGCGGACAUCCCCCACGCUCGCACCUGGGAAGGGGGGGA